AUGAGCACACCCGGGGCAAAACAUUCUACACCAUCGACCCAAGACGAGUACGAAGCACUGCUCAAAGAGAUUCUCGAAUCUGAUUCCUCCUCUGACGAAGGACGCUCUCGCCGCCGUCUAUUUAGCAAGAAACAAUUAUCGCUUUCCUCCUCUUGCGUUACUCCCGACCUAGACUUGGACUUUGACUUAGACCUAAAUCGUUACUCGUACACUGACAACGCCCUUCAAAAAAGCAAUUUCGCCAAAAGCCUCACAAAGAAUAAUAUUAGCAACAGCAAUAGCAAUAGCAACAGUGAUAAAAACAACGAUAAAAAUAGCAAUAAUAGCAGUAGUAGCAGUAGUCAGAUUGGCGCCACAGCAAACCCAAUUGCCGGCGUUAGUAUUGUUGUCGGUGAAGACUUGCCAGAUAACGUACACUUCAAUAAUCUCUCUACCAGCAAUCCUUCGGACGCUAAACCAUCUCUACUCUCAUCAGCGCUUAUCCGACCACAGCCGCUUCUUUCGCUCUCAGCUCCAUCUUCUUCUGGGUCCAGCCCUUCAUCUUCCGUCAAUACCUUCACUCGAGCUAGUAGUAUAGUAUCGUCCUCUUCCAAACACAGUCAGAACUAUCGUAGUCCUAUUUUGCUUCUGGAUUCGUUACCUAACAAGGAUACGAGCACCCAUCUCUUGCCUUCCCUAGACGCAGGCGUAUCGUUAGAACAUACAGGAUACGCAUCAAUAUACUUCUCGAAUAGAUCUUCCAAAUCUCAACAACGAAGCAGCGUCACAGACAAUACUACUAGGAAGUGUGAAGUAAACCAGCAACAUAAAUUUAGGCGUUAUAACAGGCAGAGCAGUUCAUUAUUAAAAUUUGUCAGCAAGAUGGAUAUACCAUCUCUUCUCGUAUCUGGGGCUCAGCAGCAUGAGAGGGCCUCUCAAUGGGAUGGACGCAAUUCAUCUUCGUCAAGGCCUACCAAUGCUCCCAUAAUUCUGAAAGGAUCCAAUACUCGUCUUGUAAAUGGCCUCCAGUCAAUCACAUCACUUGAACAAAAGUUCAAUGAGCUUCGGAUUCCUGAACUCGAGCUUUUGAGUACACCAGAGACAACAAUCAGAGCUGUCUUGGCAGAUAUUUAUAAGAUUUCAGAGGAGCUGCAUAUGCAUCUGCAAGGUGGAGCACUAGCUGAUGCACCUCAACCUACCAGGAGAGAUGGAGAUGGAAUAAUCAUUUCAGGAGAGACUCAAAGACAGAAACGGAUUAAGGAAAUUAUUGACAGGAUUGAUCGUGAGACCUCGCUCUAUGAAGAGUUUGUACGAAAAUCCAACUAUCUUAAUUUGGAUGCAAUUUUGAAUGAAGCAUCGGACGAGGAUGAUGAGGAACUCCAGGGAUUUGCAGGCUUGGACAGGAGUAUUUCAGAGAGAGAUUCUGUCUCCGAUUUUCAUCACGAGGAUGCCCAAUCUCAGACAUCAUUCAUGUCUAGCAACAAUUAUGGACAUAUCGGUACUAAUCCUCACUCCAGCCCACCUCUUUCUACUUUAUCCUUGCGAUCAGCGGAUCCUAUAAAUCGUCUUCGCCCAUAUACAUUCUCCCCUAGAGGGCCUGGAUCUGUAGCUUCAUCUUCAGCUCUGGCUGGGGCUCGAUCUCAUAUAUCCUCUAUCUCGCUGCCCAUCACAGCACCUCAUCAUUCUGAUUCAUAUUCUCCAAGACAAAGUGCUGGCGCCGAGCCUUGGGAAACUUUUAGAUGGACACCUCUUCUCAAAUUGUCGGAUCAGCUGUUUUCAGAAGAAAUCAAAGCUUCUUCUGGAUUAGGUACCUGUAUUGCUGUGUCAAGUAUUAUUGCUGUGGGGACAAGCCGCGGAUCAGUUUUAGUGUACAGCACGACUCAGGCUUUGAUAGGUAUCUAUGGAAGUGCACAAUAUGCAAUGGAGCAUGGGGCAGUUUGCUCGAUUGCUAUUUCCACGGACAACACUUACCUGGUUGCAGGACACUCGCUCGGAUCCAUUAUUAUCUGGAAUAUCAACAAACCAAACACUCCAUCUCGUAUCAUCCCACCUGUCACUAAGGAAAUGGCGUUCUCUGGACGGAAACAUGGACACCUUCGAGGUUCAGCCGUGCUUAACGUUGCAUUUAUUGGAAUUAAGAGAGCGGAAGUCAUUAGUGCAGACAAUCACGGUAUGGCAUUCCAUCAUUUGCUGUACAAAACCAUGAUGGUUAAUGCAGUAGAAACUACAAGGCUGUUAGGUAAGUACCCCGUGCCAAAGCCAAUGAGAGCGUUCGAAUCGAAUAGCCUCGUUGGUACUAUACGACAGAGCACUGUCUUUAGUAUGGGUGUACUACCGUAUGGACAGGUUCCUCAUCCCGCAGAUAGUGCUGGACUGGUGGCUCUUCUGACUCCCUUCAAGUUGUUGAUUGUAUGUAUGAAGCCACAGCCACAAACUGUAUACAAGUUUCUGCGACCAAAAGAUUUGCAAGGAAAAAGUGAAGAGCCGCCAGUAGUAAUCUCGGGUAACCUUGCUUGGUUUCCUGCAACAAAAAUCCAGAACGCAGCAGAUAAUGAUGUCGCGAACACGAAUCCUUUGCUUGCAUACUCUUGGAACCGACAUUUGUACAUUCUUCAAGUUUGUAAACGCGCUAAUCAAAGUGCAGAGCCGUCUUCAACAUAUUUGAGUCCUGACAAGAAACCCGUAGCUGAACCGACGAGUAAAGAACUGAGACUGGAGUUUGCUGUAGUAGGAGAUUGGAUCUGCAGAGAGGGUAUAGUCGGUAUCCAAUGGGUUCGCUCACAGAUUCUACUUUUGCUAACCAACACUGAGGACAUUAUUGUCUUUGAUCCAAAGACUUUAAGCGAAACAGAGAGAUGUAGUGCUCGUUCACUUCAAAUUGUGUAUCAUGACUGGUUCAAGGAUGUGGCAAAGACUCACCGCACACCAGCUGCAGCCACCAUGACCAUCAUGGAGGAUAAGCAACUCAGCGGCGAUAUGUACUACAAUAACAGUUGGCGAGUUCAUAAAGGCAAACUGUUUGUAUUGGGCUUGCGAAGAGUUCAAGUCGGAACCAUAUUAAAUUGGACAGAUCGCAUUUUGGCAUUAGUGAAAUCCGGUGAUUUCCUUGAGGGAAUAGCGCUGGCAACGUUGUUUUAUAUAGGAAAAUCGGUUCAGGCAGCAGUAGUCGGUCUACCCGAGGAUGAGGCAGCACGUAAACAGCUGGUUGGCGAAAAAAUCUAUGAACUUUUGACAGCAUCACUCAAUUAUACAUUCAAUCCAGAGAGGAUGACAGAUGUGGAUGACGAUGCCGCAGCUGGUGGCGUUGGGGCAGGAACUGUAUUAUUUCAUGACUUGGCUAUUCAAGCCAUCGAGAGCUGCCUUGCGAUUGAAGACCAAAGGUUUCUUUUCGAAGAUGUGUAUGAGCGCUAUGCCGAGGCGAGCCCGCUUGUAAGAGGUAUAUUUCUACAGUCCCUUAGCGGAUAUAUUUUACAGGAUCGUCUCACUGAGAUGCCGCCACAGGUGAUGCAGGAUUUCGUCAAGAACUAUUGCGAACGCGGCAUGUUCAAGGAACUGGAAUUGUGCAUCUGCCAUACAUCUUGUGAAAUUAUCGAAAUGGAUCACAUUGUAGACAUUUGUCAACGCCAUAAACUGUAUACUGGUUUGAUCUAUGUCUGGAAUAAGAGCAUCGGCGACUAUGUGAGUCCUGUGAUAGAGUUGUUAAAGGUUAUCAAAGGUAUCCUCAAAGAGCGGCGUCUUGCUCGAGAGGCUAGAGCUGGCGCCCGAAAUCAGGGCACUUUAAGCAGUAGUAACUCGGCACCGCUUGUUGCAACAGAAGAUCUGCCUCACUAUCAGGCCGAACCUUCUAAUGAAGAGGUUGUUCAGAAGCUCUAUCAAUACUUAUCUGACAGUCUUCUCGGAAAGUCUUACGUCGAUGGAGUAAACCUCGAGGAGAGCGAAGCAAUUACCGCUAAAUCAUCUCUGUAUUCAUUCAUCUUCUCUGGCAGAUGCAUCAUGUGGCCGCCCGUAGGAGGACAGCUCAUCCUGACUGGAGAUGCGGAUGAUGAUUCCGAGGAUUCGGAGCCAACAUAUCCUUACCUGCGUCUGUUCUUAAGGCACAAUAGUGAAGAGUUUCUCAAAGUGCUGGAUCUAGCAUUCGAGGAUAGCUAUCUUUCUACAACCAGCAAAAGCUUAUCGCAAUCUGGAAGGAAUGGUCAGGAAGGCCCUGGAAGGCUAAUGAGUCGCCAAUUGAUUAUUAAUACCUUGCUUGAGGUUGUAUCACCAAGUACAUCUCCAUUUACAGGCUUAUCCAGCACUGAAGCUAUUAGUAAUAGCUCACAACAGAUAGAGUACACGGCCAGAGACAUCGCCCAUGUAUACAGCUUUAUAGCUCGUAAUUAUGCUAAAUCGCACAAAACUCUUGUGCUCUCGCCAACAACACUUCAUAGGAUAUUGACCAAACUUUCCAGCGACACAGAUGAAGCAACACGAGAGAAGCGACAGGUGGCAGUACAGGCGCUCCUACGGUUCUAUUCACCAGGCGACGAGACCGGGAUGAUGGCGUUAUAUGAACAAGCUAGAUUUUACAGAGUCCUUGAGAAGAUGUACCGGUCUCAGAAGCAAUAUGGUCCAAUGGUAGCUACCUUUUUAAAGGAUCCUGAACGCCGCUCUCACGUGUUUGAAUGUAUCCGAAAGUUGCUCGACUCAUCUAGGCCACAGCGUACAGUAUUGACAGAGAAGCAAAGGACAGAUGUUGUAAAAACAACAAUGGAACACAUUGCUGACAUAGUUGAUAUUGACGGUGAGCAGGCAGCGCUUCUGGUCCAUAAAUACCUCAACGGUGAACAUCGCUCUGUUAUGGAAACACUCCAUGGCUCCAAACCAAGACUCUUUGCUUAUCUUCGUGGUUUAUUAGAACCAUCGGUUACAUAUGCUCAGGAUCAAUCUAAGCUUCAGAACAUGACAGCUACUGACAUCAGCAAUAGAGAAUACAGUACUAUUGGAGCUUCUUCCAUCACUGACCCCGAGAUUCAUGAGGAGUAUAUUGAGCUUCUUUGUCAGUAUGAUCCUUCAGGAGUUUAUGAUUAUUUGGAGCGGCAUCAGGAUAACAGUUACCGACUUGAGCGAGUCUUAAAGACCUGUGAGAAUGCAGGCGUGGUUGACGCUGUGGUGUGGAUCCUUGAACGGAGCGGAAACGUAGGAGGUGCAUUGGGAAAAGUUUUGGAGAUUGUUCGAGAAAGAAUCGAUGUAUUAUCAGCAUUAGUCAGAUCCAAGAAUGAUGGGGCGAUUCAAGAUAUUCAUUGGUCGAUGGAAGAACAGAUUAAUAUGCGGGCGUGCCUGGUUCGUCUACGCGGUGUAUUGAAUGUUGGGAAACAACUCUGCGAACGACGUAGUCAGAAGGUCAAAUUGCUAUCCCAAGCUGCCAAAGUGCCCUUACAACAAAAUCUAUCAGCAGAGAGCGAUACCGAAACGUUGUGGUUUAGAUUGCUUCAAGUCUUUGUUUCAGCCACCAGGAAGAUGACUAUACUGAUUGCGACGAAGCGUCCAAGUAUUGAGGUUAAAGUGGAUGACAAUGUAGAGGUGACUCAUUCAUCGAUGCCCAACGCCCUCAUCAUCGAGAAUGCUCCUCCUUCUCUCUUCUCUAACACGAGUCAAGAGAGUCGAACAUCUUAUUAUGUCGUUGACCAGCUCUUGAGUAACUUUAAGGGAUUUGUUCAGUCAAUUUUGGCAACCUUGCUUCUUUCCACCUCCACUCCACAGGUGUCUCUCCCAUCACUUUUGCGUCGACUAUUGAAAUCUGAGUCUGCUGAUGAGGGUGAACUUAACCGGUUUUCGGAUUUCAAGGAUAUCUUCAUGGGUAUGCUAAAUACGUUCAAGUACGAGGGUCAACUAUUGGAAAUGACUAAUGGACUCUUCGAGCGAGAUCUAUUCAUGGGGGUGAAUCUUAUUGCAAAGAGUCGAUCGAAGGGUUGGCGACCCCUCAAGGGAAAUUGUGAGAUAUGCGGAGGGGCAUUUUGGGGACCUAACGUUGUCCGUGAUCUUUGGGUGCAACAGCAAAAAGCUGCGGUUGAUGCCAUCAAAGCUGCGCUUGCAACCAACGUCAUAUUAACAGAGCGACAAGAAGGAUCUACCUUAGAUGCAUCGGAAUCAGAAGCUUCGGCAGCAGCCUCCACCUCCUCACCAAGGUCUGAACUGAAACAUUCAGCUACUCUGGAGCAGAGCAAAGACAAGAGUAAAGAUAAGGUAGAUAAGGGACUGCUGAUCUUUCGAUGUGGCCAUGGAUACCAUCACCAGUGCCUUGAGAUGGAAACAGCAGGGGUAUCUCCUACAGCUGUAGCGAGUUCGAGAGUCGCUUCAACACAGCAACAAGAGGUUGAGGUCUCAAAGCACAAAGGCGAUAUGACAUUGCUCGAAACUGACUCAACAAAGGCUCCCAAGUGUGUGGUCUGCAGCGGUUUGAUUCAAAGUCCGAAAUCAAAGCUUUCUUCACGCCCAUCAGGCGUGAAAGGCCCCCAAACCGAUGCUACUCAUCAACGGCAUGCGAGUCGCUCGAGUCGCCAAACAUCCAAAAAUAUUAAAAAGGGAUGGACAACAGUGGAGCUACUCCAGCGCAGUGCAUCCCAUCCGGUGGCAGAACCUACCUCUGGACGAACCCCCCCACCGCAGAACUCUAGCAACAACGCAAAUGGUAUCAAGACUGACGGUGCUCAAAAGUUGAAUUUAAAGACGAGUUCUCAAGAGACAGUCCAAUACCAUGAAGAUCAAGAUGAUCGUAGGCAUUCGCCCGACAGUGAAGAGUAUUAUAUGACAAGCAACGAAUACGAAGCAGCAACAAGCCCAAGCAUGAAGGCGAGCUUCAGCAAUGGCAAAGGCAAAGCCAUAUACUGA